CUCCCUCCUCCUUCCUUCCUUCCUUCCUUCCUACCCUUCCUUCCUCCUCCCAAAGUGGAAGAAGAUGACUCGACCGAGGCCGAGAGAAUACAAGGCUGGAGAUCUAGUCUUUGCCAAGAUGAAGGGCUACCCGCAUUGGCCGGCGAGGAUCGAUGAACUCCCAGAGGGAGCUGUGAAACCACCAGCAAAUAAAUAUCCUAUUUUCUUCUUUGGCACUCAUGAGACUGCCUUUCUGGGACCAAAAGAUCUUUUACCUUACAAAGAAUAUAAAGAUAAAUUUGGAAAGUCGAACAAGCGAAAAGGCUUCAAUGAAGGUCUGUGGGAGAUAGAAAACAAUCCUGGUGUCAAGUUCAUGGGAUAUCAGGCAAUACAGCAACAGAGUUCUUCAGAAACAGAAGGAGAAGGAGGGAAUACAGCUGAUGCCAGCAGUGAAGGUGAAGGGGGCGAAAUCAUAGAUGAGGAAGGAAAAGGUAAAAGAAAAGGUGAAAAAACAGGAUCCAAACGAAAAAAACCUGCUUCUUCUAAGAAAUCUGCAAAGCAGUCACGGAAAUCCUCCGAUCAGGAAGGUGAAGAAGGUGACAAAGAUGCCAAGGAGGAGGAAAAUAAGAGCGGUUCAGAAGCAGGGGAGGCAGUUUGUGAUACAAAAAACGCUGCUGAACAUCAGAAAAUGAAUGAAGCGACCUAAUAAUCGGAACACUGGCCUCUAGACCACUGAGGAAGCAGCUCCUAUGGCUGUCAAGUAUUCUUGGAUUUUACAUACAUACAAUCAUUGCUUCUGCCAUUGUCGACAUCAGAUUUGCGGUUUGUGCAGGCUUUUCUUCGUCAUGCUAUCAAUUAUAGUUUUACACACAUGGCUGCCAAUAAAACAAGAAAAUGCCUUUUAUUUUACAUUCUACCCUUCUGGAACUGUGUGAAGAACAUUUCAUACAUACUUUACAAAAGCAUUCUUAUACUAGGUUUGCUCUUCUGUUAUCGGGGGUGGGGGGGGGGGAAAGGAUACAAUAUUUAUUUUUUUGAUGCUUGCUUUAAAUGUGAAAAAUAAACUUUUUUCUUCUUGUAAUCAGCUCAAGUUUUAUUCCUACGUGUGCCAUCCGUUUUACAGGAUUUUUUAAAGCAUUUUAUUUAGUACCUUUUACAAAAAUGUCUUGUUCUACUCCUGUUCAGAAAUGACUUGUAGAAUAAAUUUAUGGAAUGCACGAA